AUGGAAGAAAAAAAUGAUGAAGAUUUAAUGACAUAUUGUCAACACCUGGAAGCACUACAUUCCGAUUUCAACAAACGAUUUGAGGAUAUUCUUAAAAUGGACAUACUCAAAUGGGUUUUAGAUCCAUUUUCAAAUACAGAAACCAUAGAUUCUGCAAAAUUAGAAGAAGAAUUGAUAGAAGUAACUACAAAUAAGGAAUUAAAAUUAAAGUUUAAGGAAGGUUACUAAGUAUUCUGGCUAAAAAAGCAGAUACCUAUACUUUAUCCUGGAUUGUGAGCUAUUGUACAAACAUUUUUGAUCGCAUUUCCAUCUUCCUACUUGGUUGAACGUGGAUUUAGUGCAGUAACCAAUCUAUUCACUAAAAAAAGACAACGGUUACAAAUAACUAAUCGUGGGGACUUAAGAAUACUGCUUACGAAAAUCGAACCUAAUAUCAACGAACUUCUAGUAAAACACCAACCACAUCCAUCUCAUUAA